GUCAAAAUUUGCUGUGUUCAUGUCAUUUUAAGUUGUUAAGUUCCACCAGAAUGGCCAGUAGCGUGGUUUCGCAACCUAUUGGCAUAGAUCUAGGCACCACAUAUUCGUGUGUCGGUGUUUUCACUAAUGGAAGUGUUAAUAUCAUCGCUAAUGACCAGGGGAAUCGGACGACGCCGAGCGUCGUGGCGUUCACGGAGGUCGAGAGGCUCGUGGGCGACCCUGCGAAGGGGCAGAUGGGGAUCAACCCCGAAAACACUGUUUACGAUGCGAAAAGAUUAAUAGGACGAAAAUUCCACGACCCGACCGUCCAGAACGACAUGAAACUGUGGCCCUUCGAAGUGAUUAACGACAACGGGAAGCCCAAGAUACAGGUGUCCUACAAGGGCGAGACGAAGACCUUCUUUCCGGAGGAGAUAUCGUCGAUGGUGCUGAGCAAGAUGAAGGAGACCGCCGAAAGUUUCCUGGGGACGCACGUCACGCAGGCGGUGAUAACGGUGCCGGCGUACUUCAACGACUCGCAGAGGCAGGCGACCAAAGACGCGGGAACGAUCGCCGGCUUGGACGUGCUGAGGAUCAUCAACGAGCCGACGGCGGCGGCGCUGGCGUACGGUCUGGACAAGCAGGGUAGCCACAACGUACUGAUUUACGACAUGGGCGGCGGUACCUUCGACGUAUCCAUCUUGAACCUAGAGGACGGUGUCUUCCACGUAAAAUCGACCGCCGGUGACACCCACCUCGGUGGGGAAGACAUCGACUAUCGCAUGGUCCAAGCUCUAUCCCAAGAAUUCAAAAGGAAAAAUAAAAUCGACAUCGCGACUAACAAAAGAGCCUUAAGACGGCUCCAGACAGCAUGCGAAAGAGCCAAAAGAGUGUUAUCUUCGGCCGCACAAGCGAGCAUCGAAAUCGAUUCUUUAGCUAACGGCAUCGAUUUCUAUACUUUCAUGACAAGAGCAAAAUUUGAAGAAAUAAACAACGACAUAUUCAGACGAACUUUGGAACCCGUAGAAAAGGCUCUGAGGGAUUCGAAUUUGCAAACACACGAGAUCAAGGACGUAGUGUUGGUUGGUGGUUCGACGCGAAUUCCCAAAAUCCAGUCCCUGCUUCAGCACAUGUUCAGAGGGAAAGAACUAAACAAAUCGAUCAAUCCAGACGAGGCUGUGGCAUAUGGAGCCGCAGUUCAGGCGGCCGUCUUGGCCGGGGACCAGUCGGAAACGGUCCGCGACGUUCUCCUCAUAGACGUGACCCCGCUGUCGUUGGGAAUCGAAACUGCUGGAGGUGUCAUGGCCGUAAUAAUACGGAGAAACACCACAAUACCUACCAAACACUCGCAGACGUUUACGACUUUCGCUGAUAACCAACCGGGCGUUAUAAUUCAAGUGUACGAAGGUGAAAGAUCGAUGACGCGCGACAAUAACUUAUUAGGAAGAUUUGAGCUAAGAGGCUUUCCGCCGGCACCGAGAGGUGUACCACAAAUCGAUGUAACUUUUGAUAUCGACGCUAAUGGUAUUCUCAACGUAACUGCAUCUGAGCACGCCAGUGGCAAAAAGAACCACGUAACCAUAACGAAUGACAAAGGAAGAUUGACGAAAAAGCAAAUCGACGAAAUGAUGGCUGAUGCCGCAAAGUUCAAAGAACAAGACGAAGAAAUUAAAGCAACAAUGGCGGCAAGGAACGAUUUGGAAUCUUACGUAUACCAGAUGAAGAAUAUGUUGGAGGAUAAUAUAAUUAUGCGUGAAUUGUCCGCCUCGGAUGCAGCUGUCAUCAGGAACACGUAUGAGGAAAGUACGGAGUGGCUAAAUCAGAAUCCGAAAGCUACAGAAGAACAGUACGUGCGCAAGAAAGAAGAAGCAGAGAACAAACUCAAAUCUAUUAUUACGAACUUAUAUGCUUCGGCGGGGCGAACAAAUGGAAGGCAGUUUCCGUCGGUUAACGAUCGUGGGGGAGGAACUGGUGGACCCAUCAUUGACGAAGUCGAAUAACGUUGGGCAAAAUUUGUCUCGCAAAUUUUUUUUGAAUUGUCGACAAAGAAGAAAUCGUUUUAUCGAGGUGCCUCUAAUCACAGAAGCGCUAUCUUUCGGUCGCUUGUAGAAGUUAGCGGAGCAGCGAAAGUAAGGUUAUGGCUCUAAACGAAAAAUUGGUUUCAGAGUUUCUAAAAAUCGGAAAUUUGAACACCAAAGACGUACAUGCUGCGCUGCAGGUUUACUUGGAACUGUGUGAAG